UGUGUAAUAAUAAUUGAUAGGUGUUAAUGAGUGUUGCCGGUUUCGUUCAAGCGGAAAAAGGAAUACAGGACAUUUGGUCAGUGUUUAAGGAGUUUAGAAUGAUGCUAGUGGCAUUAUUGUAUAAUAAAGAACGAAAAUUGCGUUUAUCCUACUUCGCUAGUAAACAGUUUGUUUCUAGACUUUAAAGAGCACCUCUAUUUACUUCGGACCUUGAAGAUAGAACUGUGAAUGAUGUGGAGUCUAUUUAAGGUAAUUAGGUUACAGGCAGUAAACAUUAGCACUUCCGCACAGGAAAGUGCAUCGGCGCGCAUGCAACUUUUCUUUAUUGUCGAAAGAUAAUAAUAUUCAGUUCUUGUAUAGCGCAUUUCAAUAACGUCCCUAUGCGGUUCCAGAGAGCUUUGGAUAUUAAUACCCUAGCUUUAUCUCCGGCAGCCGUUAUCAGUGCACAGUGCGUUACAAGGAAUCCUACCAGGUGUUAAUAGUGAGCUAUAUAUUGACCAUGUCGACUUCGAGCGCCCGAACGAGGAGAGUAACGGUGGUCGGCGGGGGACUGGUCGGUUUGUCUACCGCCAUCAUCAUUCAGGAAAAUGUGCCGAAUGUUCACGUCGAACUCCUCGAUGACUUCGGGUUUACGACCACGUUGCUGAGCAGAGCGAACUCGAAGGCGAUGAAAGGUUUCAGGACAUCAAGCCCUUCGGAGAAAAUCGGAAACAGAUCGGCCGAGAUUCUAAGUAACAUGGGUCCUAGAGCAGAUGAUGAGGGUCAAUCGUUUGUUGCUGACGUCAUAAAAGAUGGCCUCAAUGUCGGAGCUGCGGCGCUCUUAACCCAAGAGCUUUCAAGCACGAGAUCAACAUCGAGGGUUUGGUCAUCUGAUGAUGACGUCAUAUGGAUGCCUCAGUCAGUCCCCGGGCUUGAUGACGACACUACUGGGAGAGGUGGAUAUUACAGAUUCUGGGCAGUGCUCACAUGGUAUCACUUAUACGAACUGAUGCAGAAAGAAAGCUCUUACAGAACCGGAGUACGUCUCCUCUCUGACUACAUACUUCACCAAUGGAAAGAUAAACAGGUUUCUGAUUGGUGGAAAGACUUGGUACCGGAUUACACACCCCUCCAUAACAAAUUCCAUGAAGAUGAUGAUCAGUCCACGUCAGGCCCGCUGAAGUACAGUGUGAGCUUCACGACAGCGGUGAUAAAUGUACCCCGAUACGUGCAAUACCUGACCGAAAGAUUUCUAAGGUGUGGUGGUGGAAUCACAAGAGGCCAAAUUUCAUCGAUAAAUGAGCUGCCAGGGCCAUGUGAGUUGCUUGUUAACUGCUCGGGUAUGAACACUGAUCAGCGGAUCAGCGACAAAGCAGAACUUCCAGAGGUGCAAGCCCAACAGUUAUCGCUAACCCCAUCUAUGCAAGCAUCAAACUGCUUAAAAGCUUGCCUACAUGUAAGUGAACGCGGUCGUUUAGAGACAGACACAGUCACACAAAAAGGACGUCCUCUGCCGGUUGUCCACAACUAUGGCUACGACCAAAACCACUUGGCAACUUUACAUUGGGGAUGUGCCCAGGAGGCAGCUCGACUUGUAAGUGACAUCUUGGCUGGACGAUUCAUCGGAACAACCUCAAAACUCUGACAGAAACACAAGUCAUUCACUAUGUAGGAUCUAGAAUGUAGCAUACAGUGUGGGUCAAUAAAAGGGAACCAAUAUUCAGGCCCUGAUAUCUUACAAACCAAGUUGCUUUCAUAUUAUAAUGGUAUGCCGUUUUCUUCUAUUUAGUAGGGUGUUCCCCAAAGUGCAAUCAUGGAUGCCUGAGCGCUAUAUAAGCACUGUAAUUAUUAUUAUUAUUAUUAUUAUUAUAACCCAAAUGUGUGAGGAAUGUUAUCCAUAGUUACUGCCCUUAUGAGUGGGUGCAUUGAAUUGGAAUGAAGAGCAUUGAAAGACAGCUUGGAUUGACCAUCUAAUUCAUUCCAAACUUGGGCAGGGGCAAAUUUGACAUGAAUCUGGAAAAAUGCUACUCUUUAGUUAUCCAUUGCCAGAUUUGAUUGAUCAAUGGGUCAAAUUAAAACAGAAAAUCUGGUAGACUACUAUAUAUCUGUAACUAAAUCUUUAUGUGUUGAUGCAAAUAUAUCUAGGGUUGAAUCUGAGCUUCCAUUUUUGUAUGACUCACACUGUAUAUUUGUUCACUACUCAUUCUCAUCAUAUCAGCAAACAAUUUCAUGAAUGAUCAUUCAGUUUGUAAUGUUUGUAAAUGUGUACGACUAAAGCCUUUGCUUGUAGCUUCAAGCUUAGAUUAAUUGUUAAGAGUCACAAGGUCAUCAGCUCUAUGUAACAGUAUAUAAGUUAACUCCCUUGUGGCUCCAAAACAGACAAUACAAUCAUUAUUUGAUCUUUCUUUGGAAAUAAAUUUCCAUCUUGAUAAAAUUUAAUGUCACUGAAUGACAAAGAUACAUCACUUGUAUAUUAACUACAGGGUAAAAUGAUCUAUUUAAGAGUUAGAGCUUCUGAGAACGGUGUUAACUCUGUGCUACAGAAUGCCCUACCCUUGGACCGGAAGUUGAGCUCAUCAAUUAUAACCUUUCAACAAAAAUUGAAGACUUUGUUGAUGAAUAUGGCGUACUGUUAAUGUUAGGAAUAGGAUUAUUAUCCGAGUUAGAAUAUUUUGUUGGCUAUUUCAUGUAGUAGUAUAUUGAACUUAUGUUGACCAUUUGUCGCCUUUUCGUGUUGUAAUAUCUUAGUUUUGUUGAAUUUUGAUUAAUGACCAUAUUCUUGUAAUGUCUAUGAUUUGUAGAUCUAUGGGCCCAGGGUGCCUAUAUGUCGGCAGAGUUGUGCGCAAUAUAAGUGUAGAAUUAUUAUUAUUAUUAUUAUUAUUAUUAUAAUUACAGCAUAAUGCCUUUCAGGGUCUCUGGAGAUGAGAAAUAUAAGUAUUUUUUAAAAGUUUAGAAUUAGUAAAAAUGUAAUACCCAUAUGCAUUAUAUCAUUUUGAUGAAAUUUAUUGAAUAUCGCAAUGUUUGUAUUUUAAACUGCUGCAUUUACCUGUAUUACUUUCUUUCUUCCGAGCUCUUCUUAUUCAGAUAAAAAGAGUGUUUCUUAUGUUUGUAUUUAUUUAGAUAAAAACAUAUAUACAUAUUAGCAUGUUUUUUAUUAUUCAUUCACCUUGAAUGUGACCUUCGUUAAAUUCAUAUAACAUAUCGUUUUACUGGUGUUUGAAAUAAAUUGAACUGAAGAUACUACAUA